GCACAUAAUUUCAUUCCAAUAUACUAAAACAUCCGAAAAAAAAUUCAUUCAAUUAAAUAGAACCGAAUUAAUUAAUUAAUUUAAUUAUAUCCAACAACAUGUAUUAAUUCUACAUGUAUUAUAGAAUUGCAAAAUAUUGAAAGAUUACGUAAAGAUUUGAUUAAAUACACGUGUAUUUAAGCAUUAAUAUGUUUAUUUUGCGAAGAUGACUGAAAGAGAGAUUCAUACUUCUUAUAUUUUACCUUUAGUAAUUGUAGUAGUUAUAAUUUGGUUAUUGGUUCGAUGGUUCAAAAAUCGAAAGUUAACAAAAGUGAAAUCAAACUCUUUCUUUCAACUGUAUGGAACUAAAAAAUUUCAAUUAAUUGCUGAUAGAUUUCACUCUAUAGAAGAUGUUAGCGAAGCUAUAAGAGCUGCAGGAUUAGAGUCUUCAAACAUAAUAUUCGGAGUUGACUUUACUAAGAGUAAUGAAUGGCAAGGUAGAAAAACAUUUGAAGGUCGGUGUUUACAUGAUGUAAGCAUUGGUGGAUUGAAUCCAUAUCAACAAGUCAUUCGAAUUCUUGGAAGUGCGAUAGAAAAAUUCGAUGACGACAAUAUUAUACCUUGCUUUGGUUUUGGCGAUGUAACAAGCAGAGAUGUAAGCGUUUUCCCAUUCCGCGAAGAAGGAUAUUGUAGAGGAUUCCAUGAUGCACUAUCAGCCUAUACGCAACUAGCGAAAAGAGUUAAAAUGAGUGGACCGACAAGCUUUGCACCUUUAAUUUACAAAGCUAUAGAUAUCAUACAACAAACUAAGAGUUAUCAUAUCUUGGUAAUUAUUGCCGAUGGGCAAAUGACUUCUGAAGCACCUACAAGAAAAGCUAUAAUCGAUGCUUCGAACUGGCCGUUAUCGAUAAUUUUAAUAGGAGUUGGAGAUGGUCCAUGGGAAGAAAUGGAAAACUACGACGACAGACUACCACAAAGAAAAUUCGAUAACUUUCAGUUUGUUAAUUAUAACAAACUACGAAGUCAAGGAGAAUACUCAGACGCGGCAUUCGCCCUUAACGCUUUGAUGGAAAUUCCUGAUCAAUAUAAGGCUAUCAGAGAGUUGGGUUUGUUAAACUUUUAA